AUGAGCAGCUUCGGGGGCCGGAUGCGGGAGUACCCGUCGCUCUCCAUAGACCGCUUCGAUCGAGACAACCUCCGAGCCCGCGCUUACUUCCUGUCCCAUUGCCACAAGGAUCACAUGAAAGGGCUCAGAGCUCCUGCACUGAAAAGAAGGCUAGCAUGCAGCCUGAAAGUUUGUUUGUACUGUUCUCCUGUGACGAGGGAAUUGCUACUGACUAAUCCAAAAUACAAGUUCUGGGAGAACCACAUUGUUUCUCUAGAAGUUGAAACGCCGACUCAGAUUUCUCUAGUUGAGGAAGCCUCUGGUGAGAAAGAAGAUAUAGUGGUGACGCUUCUGCCAGCCGGCCACUGCCCGGGUUCAGUCAUGUUUCUGUUUCAAGGUGGAAACGGCACUGUGCUGUACACGGGGGACUUCAGGCUUGCGAAAGGAGAAGCAGCCAGAAUGGAACUUUUGCAUUCAGGAAACAGAGUGAAAGACAUCCAGAGCGUGUAUUUAGAUACCACUUUCUGCGAUCCAAAAUUUUAUCAGAUACCGAGCAGGGAGGAAUGUAUGAAGGGCAUCUUAGAGCUGGUGCGAAGCUGGAUCACUCUGAGUCCCUAUCAUGUGGUCUGGCUGAACUGCAAAGCGGCUUACGGCUACGAAUAUUUGUUCACAAACCUAAGUGAGGAGCUUGGUGUCAGGGUACAUGUGAACAGAUUGGACAUGUUUAAAAACAUGCCCGAAAUCCUCUGCCACGUUACCUCGGAUCGGCACACUCAGAUCCACGCCUGUCGCCAUCCACGGGAUGACGAAUUGUUUCGAGGAAACAGGCUUCCCUGUGGGAUGAUUUCCCAGGACGGGAGGCGCCUGCACAUCAUUAGCAUCAAGCCGUCGACAAUGUGGUUUGGAGAAAGGACACGGAAAACCAAUGUAAUUGUCAGGACCGGGGAGAGUUCAUACAGAGCUUGCUUUUCGUUUCACUCUUCUUACAGUGAGAUCCAGGACUUUUUGAACUACAUUCGGCCAGUGAAUGCGUAUCCUAAUGUAAUUCCAGUGGGGAUGACAGAGGGCAAAGUUAUAAAAAUCUUAAAGCCAUCCUGCAGAUCGUACAGCCCAAACCACGAGCUGAGCUACAAGCCACUUGGAGCGCUGAAGAGAUCUAAACCAGUGCACUCGGCAGACAGGGAUGGUGGUGGUGGUGAUGAACUGUUUGAUGCAGAUUUGGUUCCUGUUCGACACAAAAUUCCAAAAUUGGAGCCAGAGACUAUGCCCUUGCAGAAUCAACAUGCUUCUGAAAACUCUCAAGGGAAUACUAAGGAAACAAGCUACAAGGCAACUACCAUGCCUACAUCUUUCCACGUGGAUUUCGUAGAGUGUGAGGAAUCCAAUGGUGAAGAGGAGGAGGAGGAGGAGGAGGAAACUGGGAAAGAGAGACCUCUAGCUGAAGUUCUGCCCCAUGCUGUGAACUCCCCUACCGCCAUGAAGGAUUUUGUAGGACUGGUUCCUUUAGAGCCUGCCUGUGAGCAAAGAGGGGCCCAGCAGCAGACUAACAAGGAGACACCAAAGUGGGAAGCCUUUUUUAAGCGAACUGUGGAAGAUUCAGAUGCCUCUGAACAUGAGGACUGCUGUUUGCCCACCACAGACUCAGGCGAGCCCCAGUCCCCACGUCUGUUCAGUGACGAGGACGGAUUUAGCGACUCGACUCACAUCUCUUCCCAAACCUCUUCUCAGUCAACCCACAUAUCUGAACAAGGUAGUCAAGGCUGGGACAGCCAGGUGGAUACCCUUCUCAUCUCCUCCCAAGAACAAAAGAAGCCUGAUUUUAGCCCCCUGAAGAGGGCAGAAGGCAAAGCAAUGUUCUACACAUCUCAUCUCCCUGCCGGGGAAAACAAAACGGGCACACAGAGUUGCCAGCCUUUGGAGCAUGGUGCAUCUUGUAUAAAGAACCAUGCUGAAUACAGACCCAGAGCCCAGGAGGGGACCGCAACAGUGCCUGCUUUGAGAGAGACUGUGCAGCUUCAGUCAAUUACUGAGAGGAGCAGCCUCCAAGAGAAAUCCACGACGCUCAAUCCUGAGGACCACACAAGCUCUCAGAGCUCUUUGGACUUUGAAAUCCCUUCUAGCCCUGACACAAAGGUCUCCAAACCAACUGUGUAG